AUGUCUUCAUCUGAGUGUCUGACAGAGUUUACUGCCGAACAAGAAAAUGUUUGCAGUCAAGAAAAUGCCUCAACAUGUGAACCAACGACGGUCUGGAAACCUGAAAUAACGAUAAACACAGCAGCGCUCCCACAACAUGUCUACAAGGAGGAGGAUGUUUUUGAUGACAAGCAGCUUUGUAAUCAGGAAGGGAGCUGCAGUCUCAACGACCGAGGGCCUCCACAGAUUAAAGAGGAACAGGUGGAACUCUAUACCAGUCUGGACCAGGCAAGCCAGCAGCUUCCUCAGAUUAAAGAGGAACAGGAGGAGCUUUUCACCUGUCCGGACCAGGUGAAGCCCGAGCCUUCACAGAUUAAAGAGGAACAGGAGGAACUCUACAGCAGUCUGGAACAGGUGGACCCAGAACCUCCACACAUUAAAGACGAACAGGAUAAAUUCUGCACCGGUUUGAGCCAGAAGGACCCAGAACCUCCACAGAUUAAAGAGGAACAGGAUGAACUCUGCACCAGUCAGGAGGGAGAGCUGCUUGUAGUAAAGCAGGAGACUGAUAGCUUUAUGGAGACCUCUGCUUAUGAGGAAAGUGACCACAGCGGCAAUUCUCCCAUAUCAGACAGCCACUGUGAUGCUGACGCAUCUUACGUUGAAGUGACGGAACUUCGUAGUGCGACACCCGGCGGAAGUAGCUAA